AUGAAAGUCCUGUCCCAAUUCUACUUCAUCGAUCCGCUCAACCAAGACAUGGAAGGUGUGGAGGGUUACAAGCCAGGCGGAUAUCACCCGGUACACUUAGGGGACACUUUUCCUACGCGGGAUGACCCAAGGUACCGAAUUCUCCACAAGCUAGGAUAUGGAUCGUUCUCAACUGUCUGGCUCGCCAAAGAUGUUGUAGCAAACCGCUGCGUGGCGCUGAAAAUAGUCAUUGCCGAUCUUACAGGGAACAAGGGAGAAUCCGCUGUCCUAAAGUGGCUGAGCACUAGACCUCGCGAUCAUCCCGGAGCCAAACAUAUUGUUCAAGUACACGAUGAUUUUCAGAUACGGGGUCCCAACGGAACGCACCAAGUGCUCGUGAUGGACGUACUUGGAUCUUUAGUAUACUCUCUUCUCCCCGAACCCGUCUUUCACGAAAUUGGCCGAGUGUCUGUCAUCAGUUCAUGUUGGGACUAG